AAUUUUUUGACAGCUGUCAACAAAGUCAAUAUUUACAAAUUCGCGUGAAAAUGGCACACACGCAAUACUUGGACGAAAUAAUCCGCGAAUACCUAAUAUUCCGAGGUUUCGGGAGCACGACGAAGGCCUUCGAUUCCGAACUGAAAGUCGACAAAGAAAAGAGUUUUCGCGUGGACAAAAUAAUCGAGCAAAUGUCGAGUUUCAUAACGAACUACGAUUUGAACUCGUUGAGGGAGUUGUGGAGUCAUCUGGAGGUGCACAUGUUCGCGAAAUUGGAGAGCCACUUUACUGCGGGGGUUAAAAAGUUGGAGAAUGCGGUGUUGAAGAUGUAUUUGGUUAAUGCCAUUACGAACAACAAAUCUGAGAAGGUGAAUGAGUUUUUCGUAAAGACUACGCCUGAAUUGCAAAGUCAAAACGAGUGGAAGGAUUGGUUUGUAAUACCUUUCAUUAAAAAUCCUGAAGAAAAUCCUACGUUCUCUCUGCAUUUUACUAAGCAGUGGCAAGACACUUUACUAGUUUCUUUGCAUAACUUUCUCUCUUCAAUAUUCCAAUAUAUGCCCACCCCAACACUAAUGCAUUUUGAAGAAUAUGCAAACAAAAUAACAAAGUUGGAACAACGUAAUGAAUCCCUUAAAAACCGAUUAGCAUUACUCAUAGAAAAAGGGCCAGAAUCGAGCGUGACCCCUUGUAAUGUGGAACCUCCCCCACAUUUAUUGGAUGAUUUUUAUAUUAUUGCCCAAGAGAGUAAUAUCAUUGAUAGUCAAGGAAAAUCGUUGAAGAAUUUGAUACGAAAUAUGGGAACUGGUUCUAGCCCCAUUUUAGGGAGAAAAGAAAAUAGUGGGAGUAAUAGAAAGAGAACUGGUACUACUACAAGAAAUAUUAUUUAAUGUAAAUAUUUUGUACAUAUUAAUUUAAUAAAGCAGGUUAAAUAAAAAGCAUUUUUAACAAGUUAUUAUAUAUUGUCUUAGAACAAAUAACAGUAUAUUGGCUUAAUGUAAAUAAUAAUAUUGUCAUCUAAAGUAAAGUAAAAAUAAAAAUGGCUACAAAUAUAUCACAUAAAAAGCCCAUUGUUUUAAAAACAAAAUAUAGUGGUUAAACUAAAAAAAUAUAUGCUUUGUACUUAAUUUUUUCAUAGAAAAUACUUUCCUUAAUUUAGUUAGUGUAAAAAUCCUUAUAAUUAAAUAAACUGUGAUGUUAUGAUUGAAAAAUACCUGAGAAAUGAAAAUAAUUGCAACUUAUCUAAAUGUUUAAAUCGAAAAUUUCCAGUAGUAUAGGUUCAACUUCAGAAGGGUUUACAUUUAAAUAUACAUUUAUUACUUCCUCAUUGAGUUUAUGCAGUUCCGUAAUUUUUUGUAUUAAUUUUAAGAAGGUUGAUUUUGCUUCACAUCCUGGGUGUAUACUUUCCAGAUAUCUUCUCAGUAAAUAAUAAUAAGAA